AUAUGAGUGAAACAAAUUAGUUGCAAGCGGCCAUUGUUUUUCUUUGCGAAUCAAAAAAGUAAUAAAAAUCCAAUCCAUCCAUCUAUACAAUUCCCUCAAACGUUGAAAAAAAAGCUGAAAAAAAGUUCUAAACAAGUCACGAGAACCGGGAAAAAGUAUUCACAAGCAAUAUUCUUGUUGGAAUCGAAACGCAACGCAGUAUUUUUUACGUGCUAACUUUAGUCAGACAAGCGGGUCAGUGCGUCGUCCUCUUGCACCAUUUUCCAGAAGAAGUGAAUUUGAAAAUUUAUUUUUAAAAUCUCAGCAAACGUCUCAAACGUGUGUCAAUUACGCAAUUAACUUUUUUGGUUUGGCAUCGUCCGUGUGACUCGUAUUUUUAGUCCCCAAAUCGGUCCCUUGGGCAAAAGGCUUCAACAGUGUAUUCUUUGUGUGGCAGAAAGGCGUCACUUUAUUGGCGACACUUGAAAUCCCCGUUUUGGAGGAAACAACCACCAGGAGGAUCAAGAACAACACCAAGACCAUUUUCAAAGUUCCAAAAUUAUCCUGAUCCGUCAAAUAUCCUCAAUCCCUAGCCAGUAUUUUUGGAAGCUAAGAAAUUUGUGUUGCCCACUGUAUGCCUCAAAUGUACUAAAACGUAAGCUUUUCCUCAGAAGUAAUAUCAACAAUAUCGGCUCCUGCACUUCGUUAACACUAUCAGAUAGCUACUGCACCGCUAUUGUCAUCAAUUACAACAACAACACAAUUUAUACAAAAUCCUAUAUCACCAACACCACAACAGCAACAACAAGAACAUCUUCUACUGACCACCAUCACCACCACUGUGCUCUCACAGCCAUGUCACAAAAACGUUUCUUUCAUGAUGGAAAUAUUUUCAACUAUUCAAUGCAGGAGCAAUCAUUCGAAUGUGUCACACCCACAUCCCCGAAUGGUUCGGGGGUGUGUGAUGUACCGGUGAAGAAAUAUUAUCGCAAAGCCGCUCACAGAAUUUUUGUCAAUAGAUCCUUGCAUUUGGAAAACAUAAAAUUCUAUGGCUUCGAUAUGGAUUACACAUUGGCCGAAUACAAAUCGCCACAAUAUGAACAGCUGGGAUUUGAUUUGGUCAAAGAGCGUCUGGUUAGCAUGGGCUAUCCCAAAGAGAUAAUGCAAUUCGAAUAUGAUCCCUCGUUCCCCAUUAGAGGUCUGUGGUUCGACACUUUAUACGGUAAUCUCUUGAAGGUGGAUGCCUAUGGCAAUAUAUUGGUGUGCGUGCAUGGUUUUGAAUUUUUAAAACAUUCUCAAGUCUACGAAUUAUAUCCCAAUAAAUUCUUGAAGUUGGAUGAAUCAAGAGUAUAUGUUUUGAAUACAUUGUUCAAUUUACCAGAAACUUAUUUGUUAGCCUGCCUGGUGGACUUUUUCACAAAUAGCUCGGAAUAUACAGAGGAUCGUACUGGUGUAAAGGCUGGUGAAUUGUUUAUGUCUUUCAACUCCAUAUUCCAAGAUGUACGCAGAGCUGUCGAUUGGGUACACAUACAGGGUGAUUUAAAGAAAAGGACCGUUGAGAAUCUUGAUUACUAUGUCAAAAAGGAUCCCCGCCUACCAAUGGUUUUGGCACGCAUUCGCGAAUCGGGCGCCAAAGUGUUCUUGCUCACCAACAGCGAUUAUAACUUCAGCAACAAAAUUAUGACCUACAUCUUCGAUUUCCCACAUGGUGCCAAGCCCGAUGAACCACAUCGUGAUUGGAAAACCUAUUUCGAUGUUAUUGUUGUCGAUGCCCGUAAACCUUUGUUCUUUGGAGAGGGUACCAUUCUGCGGCAGGUGGAUACUGAAACGGGAGCCUUGAAAAUCGGUACCCAUAUGGGCCCUCUACAGCCAGGUCAGGUAUAUUCUGGUGGUUCGUGUGAGGUAUUCACCAAUUUCAUCAAUGCCAAAGGCAAAGAUGUCCUCUAUAUUGGUGAUCACAUUUUUGGUGAUAUUUUGAAAUCGAAGAAGAUUCGUGGUUGGCGUACAUUUUUGGUGGUGCCCGAGCUCGUGCAGGAGUUACAUGUGUGGACCGAUAAAUGUCAAUUCUUUGCUGAGUUGCAGCAACUCGAUUGUCAGCUGGGAGAGAUGUAUAAAAAUCUCGACUCGAGCAACAAAGAAAAACCCGACAUUUCCAAAUUGCGCGCCUCCAUACGUGAUGUUACCCACAAAAUGGACAUGGCCUAUGGCAUGAUGGGCUCCCUCUUCCGUUCUGGUUCUCGCCAAACAUUCUUCUCCAGUCAAGUGGUCAGAUAUGCCGAUUUGUAUGCGGCAACAUUCUUAAAUUUCAUUUAUUAUCCAUUCUCAUAUAUGUUCCGUGCCCCGGCCAUGUUAUUGCCGCAUGAGUCCACGGUGGCCCAUGAGCAACGUUAUCAAAUCGAAGCACCCAUGAUUCAGAGAGCCAGACCAACGAAAGCAGACUCGACAACGGCCAGUGGUAGCCAUGUUGCCACCGAUAAUGGUGCCCAAGUGGUCAAGGAGGUGGAAAAGGAAGUGGAAACUACAACAGAUGAAAAGACCGUCACUGUACCCCACACCAGGCCAAGUACUCCCCGCACAGUUACCCAUACUCACGAUGAGGAUUAUUCCGAAGAAGAAUCGGAUCCCAACAAUAAAAGUGAUGGUGAAAAUGCUGAUGAUGCCAAUGGCAAAGAGGCUCGCAAAACUCCAAAAUAAAGAGAUUAUUUAUAAUUCCUCCCAUACCAACCAACCAACUCUCUAUUGAACCAUCCCAAAGAAGUAAUACUAUGUUGCUUGCAUUCUAGAAGACGGUUGAUCCGCAUCUUCCAAUUUUUUUUCUCUUUCUUCCUUUCUAUUUAACAACAACAAAAAAUUGUAUGAAAUAAUUAUUCUAUACCUCUAUACACACACUCACACGCUUACAAGGAAUUUGGACUCAAAGAUUUUAUGGCAAAUUGGAUGAUUUUAUUAGAGAUUGUACACAAAACACUUUUGUUUUUAGUUGUAUGUUUUAUUUCUAUGUGAAUUUUUUAUCGUUUAAUUUUAUAUUUAAUUGAAAACAAAAGAUGCAUAUAUUCCAUGUUUUUUGUUUUUAGUUUUUAUUGUUCAUUUAUUAUGUGUGAUUAGAGUCGUUAAAUAACAAAUUUUUAUACAGGUAGAUGAGUAUGUAAUCGUGACAUUAUAUAAACAAUUUGAAAAGUAAUAAUAAUAAAAAUUAAUAUUCCAAAAAA